GAAGAGACAUUAACUAUGCGUGAAUGUAUCUCCAUUCAUGUGGGCCAAGCUGGAGCUCAGAUUGGCAAUGCAUGUUGGGAGCUGUAUUGUCUGGAACAUGGGCUUCAGCCAGAUGGACAGAUGCCCAAUGACAAGACUAUUGGAGGAGGAGAUGAUUCCUUCAAUACCUUCUUUAGCGAAACAGGGGCAGGAAAGCAUGUUCCCAGAGCCAUCUUUGUCGACCUGGAACCAACUGUCAUCGAUGAGGUGCGUACAGGAACCUACCGCCAGCUUUUCCACCCUGAGCAGCUGAUUACAGGAAAGGAAGAUGCUGCCAACAACUACGCCCGUGGACACUACACCAUCGGCAAGGAGAUUAUUGAUCUGGUUCUGGACAGGACUCGUAAACUGGCUGAUCAGUGCACUGGCCUGCAGGGAUUCCUCAUCUUCCAUUCCUUUGGUGGAGGUACUGGCUCAGGUUUCACCUCCCUGCUGAUGGAGAGACUCUCUGUUGAUUACGGAAAGAAAUCAAAACUUGAGUUUGCCGUCUAUCCGGCGCCCCAGGUUUCCACCGCAGUGGUGGAACCUUACAACGCCAUCCUCACCACCCACACCACCCUGGAGCACUCCGACUGUGCCUUCAUGGUGGACAACGAGGCCAUCUACGACAUCUGCCACAGGAACCUCGAUAUCGACAGGCCAUCUUACACCAACCUGAACCGGCUCAUUGGCCAGAUUGUGUCUUCGAUCACAGCCUCACUUCGCUUUGAUGGAGCUCUGAAUGUUGACCUGACAGAGUUCCAGACCAAUUUGGUGCCUUACCCUCGUAUCCACUUCCCUCUGGCCACCUAUGCUCCAGUCAUCUCUGCAGAGAAAGCCUACCAUGAGCAGCUGUCUGUUGCUGACAUUACCAAUGCUUGCUUUGAGCCAGCCAACCAGAUGGUGAAGUGUGAUCCUCGGCACGGUAAAUACAUGGCCUGCUGUCUUCUGUAUCGUGGUGAUGUGGUGCCCAAAGAUGUCAACUCCGCCAUUGCUGCCAUCAAGACCAAACGCACCAUCCAGUUUGUGGACUGGUGCCCCACAGGCUUCAAGGUGGGCAUCAACUAUCAGCCUCCAACGGCGGUUCCUGGAGGAGACCUGGCCAAGGUGCAGAGGGCUGUGUGCAUGCUGAGCAACACCACAGCCAUCGCAGAGGCCUGGGCUCGUCUCGACCACAAGUUUGACCUCAUGUACGCCAAGAGAGCCUUCGUCCACUGGUAUGUUGGGGAGGGCAUGGAGGAGGGAGAGUUCUCAGAGGCCAGAGAGGACAUGGCUGCCCUGGAGAAGGAUUAUGAAGAGGUUGGCACUGACAACUUGGGAGAGGAGGAGGAUGAGGGAGAGGAAUACUGACCUUUCUUAGGCCUCCAGUUAAGGCAAAGAAAAUGUACAGUAUAUUCUUUCCUGUAUUUAGUCUUUUGUAGUUAGGAACAAUUCAGGUCAAUUGUAUGAACAAACCAACAAUUUGGUUAAGAAAAUAACACAUUUUAAUGAACCCUAUUAUUAUUAUUAAUAUUAUUAUAAAACAGAGCAAAAUGGUGAAUUCAAAUAAUGAUUUAUACAUCUUAAGUAUCCCUUAAACUAUGUUGCACCUUGAGGAACUCAGGAGUACAUUCUGCAUACUGUGACACAAAGAAAACCUUAAAUCCUCAACAUUGUGGUCAAACCUCUUAUUUUGGACAUUUAAAGUUGUAUUCUUUCUGUCAUAUCAGUGUGAGAAACUUAGACCAAACCCUCUCGUUUGUGCUCCUCCCCCCACUGUCCUCUCCCAUGUGGAAUGUAAGUAAUGAAAGGGCUCCUAUGUCAGUUUCUAUAUACCAUUCAGCUGUGACUGUGUGAGAGCAGGAGGGAGAGAACUAAC